CUGAAGUGUGAAAUUCUGAGACACAGAUUUCCAACCCUCCUUCUCUCUCUCUAUCGCUCCGUCUCCUGCUUCUACCUACGUUCGCCAUUUCUCUCCUUUUUAUUUUUUCUUUCAUAUUUUCUUAACUGUCGGAAUAAAAAUUCUCUCUCUUCUAUCCCUGCUGGCAUCGCCGACUACCGCCAAUUCUCUCCAUUUCAAAGCUUCCCGUCCGUAAUUCUUUUUUCUGCUCUGAGAGAUACACAACUUGCAUACUUUUGCUCAUGGAACACGCACAUUGUGGUGGUGCUGCUUGUACCUUUUUGGGGUGGUCGUCUUAACUCGUUGCGUGAAAUUGCAAUUUAAAUUUAUGCUUCAGAGUGUAUUGCUUGCGACACAAAGAAACUUACUAUAGCCACAUAUUUUGUUUACCAAAUAAUUUUCAGAUGUCUGAAAUUGACAUGGCAAUUAUUAAACCUGAGAUGAUUAAGGCCUAUGUAUGGCUUCAGAUUUCUGAUGGUUCUGUUCAACAAGUGGAACAAGAAAUCGCAAUGUUUUGUCCAUUUAUAUGCCAUGAAAUAAUACAAAAAGGGAUGGGAUCAUCCAAGAAUAAUGCCAUAUGUCUUCCUCAACGAGUUAGUCCUUCCCUGUUAAGCUUAAUUCUUGACUAUUGCCGAUUUCAUCAAGUACCAGGGCGCUCAAACAAGGAACGGAAGUCCUUUGAUGAAAAAUUUGUUCGAAUGGACACCAAAAAGCUGUGUGAGUUGACAUCUGCUGCUGACAGUCUUCAGCUGAAGCCAUUGGUUGAUCUUACCAGUCGUGCACUUGCUCGAAUAAUUGAAGGGAAAACACCCGAGGAGAUACGUGAGAUAUUUCAUUUGCCUGAUGAUCUUACUGAGGAAGAAAAAUUGGAGCCCUUGAAAAACACAACUGAUGAUCCAAGGAUCAGACUUUUGAACCGUUUGUAUGCCAAGAAGAGGAAAGAGCUUAGGGAGCGUGAAAGGUUAAAGAAUGUUGAAGUUGAAGAUGAGCAUGCAGAUGAACGUGUAGAUGAACGUUCAGUUGAUGACCUUUUGUCCUUUAUAAAUGGAAAUGAUAGAGAUCCAAAGGGAAUCAAAACUUCCAAGAAUAAAAAGAAGAACCGGAGAAAAAAAGAUCAACAGAAGAAUUCUUCCUUAAAGGAGACUUCUGAACUUAAUAAGGAGGAAUCAAAUGGUUAUGAUAUCAGAUGCCAAAAUGCUGAAACUGAUAGAAUUGGUGAGACCUCAAAUUUACAUGAUACGGAGAACGACACCCUUGUUCAUAAGGCUGAGCUUGAUGAUGGCGAUAUAGAUGAUGAGAUCGAUCCUGCACUACAGGAAAAAAUUGACAGGGAAGUGAAAGAUUUUGAACGCAUAUUGAAUUCAGACUGGCCAAUGAGGAUGCAAGAACUUUUGUCAUCAUCAGGGCAAGAGAGGAAAACAAUGCUUUUUUCCACAAAUGGGGCCAGUUUUCUUAGGCGAAAUGACUGACUGGACUGGAAAUGGAAAUGAGUCCCUCACAGAAUGGCCAAAUGUGGCUUGACAAUUUUGAGAGAUGCUGAUAGUCGUAGAGAAGUGUUGCACGUCAGUUAUUUUCAUUUAAUUUAUUUUGUUCUUUGGAGUUCAUUGGUGGUGCUUGGCCCAGCUGCAAUUUGAUUCUGGGGCAUUCUCUUGUACCUUAUGGGAAUAAGAAUAUUAUUCUGAGCUUUGUAUGAAUUGCCUUUAAAUUAGAAGCUCACUGAGCCUUUUGUGUUAGUUACUCUGAUUAUCUAUGUUUUGCCCCUUUUUGUGUUAAUAUCAGAAAUAUCGAUUUUAGGUUGUCAGAAUGAUGUUAUUUUAUGUAAUAUAUAUCUAUAUAUAGUGUACAGUUUUUGUAUGUAUAAAUGUUA